AUGGCGAGACAGCUACGAACGCGACGAAUUUCACCAUUACAAGCUGCUGAGUUAUGGUGUGACCUUAGUACCGAUCAAAAAGGUUUUGAGAAAAGGCUGGUGAAUAGAUGCAUUGGAUAUGGACUUUUUGCAACCAAGGCCUUCAGCAAAGGGAGCUUUCUCCUGGAGUAUAGAGGAGUCCUUACUAGUCCUGAAGAGAAUGAUGUGAAUGACAUGGACUAUGUGUAUCAUUUUUUCCACAAAGGUGCCGCAUACAGAAUUGAUGCGUCACAGCAAGAUUCAUGUUUGGCAAGGUGGAUCAAUGAUGACCGCAGGCAUCCAAACUGCACAAUGAAGAAGAUGGUUUUUGAAACAAGCAAAGAACCCCACCUCUGCUUAUUUGCUUUGGAGGAUAUAGACAUAAACACUGAACUGCGGUAUGACUAUGGAACACGAAACUUGCCCUGGAGACAGUCUUCAAGUGCUGCUUCUGCACCACCUUCAUCAAGCGCUGCUCCUGCACCACAGUCUUCAAGCACUGCUCCUGCACCACACUGUGAAGCAUUACUGCCUGCUGUUGGAGAAUGGCAAGUGCAGCCCUCACGCUCAAGGAAAAACAACACUGAUGAAUCAUCAGAUAAAUACUUCACUGAUGACAAUGGUUCUGACUUUGUACCUUCAUCAGAGGAGUCUGAAAUAGUCGCAGAGUCAUCUGAUGAGAAGGAACAGGCACACUUAUUGUGGUUUAUCGGCCCACGUAUGAUGUCAGCCCGGAGGAUUAUCUUCCUUGUCAACAUUGCUAUGGUUAUUAUGCUAAAUCAGAUCUCUGGAAGCACAAAUGUUGUCAAAAGCCAGUUCAGGAUGGAUCAGAUGAGCCAUGUUCCAAAAAAAGGAAAAGAACCCUGCAUUCAAACUCUUCAUGAAGGAAGAAGAAACAAUCCCAAGCUCCUGCCAUUAACGGAGGACGUAGUCACAUUAUCCCGCUUUCUGAAAGAUGAAGUCAGAUCAAGAGAAGAGGUGUUGAGAAAUUCAUCUGAACCAAGAGAAAUCCAAAACGCAUGGAUCAGGCUUGCUGAAAUUGUCCUAACUCAGGUCAUUGUUUUUAAUCAUAAACGACCGGGUGAGAUUGCUAAGAUGACCCUGAGUGACUAUGGUAAAUGCACCAAUGGCGAAGUUGGCAUUAUAGAUGGGGCAUUGACAACAUGGGAGAAACAGCUAUGCCGAGUUCUAUGGCGGGUCGAGAUAGUAGGAAAACGCUCAAGAACUGUGGCUGUCCUUCUCACUGAUCUCAUGAAGCACGCCUUGGACACGCUGAUAUCUAAGAGGACUGAAGCAGGAAUCGAUGAGAACAACAUGUAUUUGUUCGCAGCUCGAUCCAGGGAAGGCCACCUCCGAGGACCGGACACAGUCCGUGAACACGCGGGUAUGUGUGGUGCAAAAAAGCCAGCAUACCUAAGAGUUACUAGGUUAAGAAAGCAUAUUGCGACCGUUUCGCAGAUUAUGAAUCUACAAGAAAACGAGCUUGACCUUCUUGCCGGCUUCCUUGGCCAUGAUCUUCGAACUCACCGUCAAUUUUAUCGCUUACCAGAGUCCACACUGCAAGUAGCCAAAAUAUCAAAGGUCCUACUGAAGAUGGAAAAAGGGGACAUCCGGGGUCUACCUGGAAAAAGCUUGGAGGACAUCCAACUUAAUCCCUCAGAAGAGUACAACACUGAUGAAGAGUCUGACAUUGAAUCUGAUCUGUCUGAUGCUGAUCAGCCGGAAGAUCCACCAGUAUGCCCGCAAAGUCGACAAAAUGGUGCAUCUAAUCAACAGAGAUCUGAGGGUCAGAAAAAGAGAAGGGCUUGGACUUCUAGAGAAAAGGCAGCUGUGGUCCAACAUCUUCGUGGCUACCUACAGAGUCGGAGGGUGCCUGGAAAAGCUGCCAUCAUGGUACUACUCAAGGCUGAGCCAACCACCUUUGCGAACAGAUCCUGGAGAAACGUAAAAGACUUUGUCCGGAAUCAUAUAAGUAAGAAGGACCCUUUCGGUUUUCUCAACACUUAACUGCAUUUCAAUUGUCAUUUAGCUCACCCUGGGGUGUUUGUGUAACACGUAAAUAAGCAGCAGACAGCAAAUGUCAUCUCAUGCUCUCUGAAUUUACUAAUAAUUCAGGUACAAAAGCAAAGCUAGUACAGACAUGGAAGACCAAUGUAAGGGAGUUUGGUGCCAUUAACUAAAACAGAUUUGCUUGAAUUAUUGAAUUUGUUCCUAUUUUUUGUGGAUUAUGAAAUGUACAUUGUCUAGAAUCAAUAACCAAAUACCUACAGUACAUGUUCGUCAUCAGUGAGACAAAAUGCAGAGUUGAGAGUAAUUAUCAAUUCUUGUACAUGUGGCCCUGAACAGUCUGACCCCUGCAUGAUUCUAUGUGGACAAUUAAAAAAAUUUUCAUUUCUGUUUUUUGAAGCAGCACUUAGCAGAAAUCUGAGAUACCGAGUAUGUGGGACGGAUGAGUAGUGACUCUAUAGGGGACAUUUAAAGCAGUCCUGAGCAUCAUGGUCCAGUUCCUCUGAGAUCUUUUUGCCGGUUAGCCCUUUCAUACAAGUUAUGAGAGGACUAUUAGGAGAGGGCAGUUUGUCAUGAGUCAUUGCAAAAAAAAAAUGAAGAGAUGAGUCUGAGUAAGUGUGACUCCUUGUAUGAAUUGACCACCAUCCUCGGGCAAUGGAGCACCAAUGGAAUUAUAUGUAGCUAUGUCAUAAAUUUUAUUGAAAUUUAGUACACAAGGAUGUAAAUAUAAACAUUAAACCUCCUUUGCCAAAGAAUUUUUUUAUGCGAAGCAGCAUUUUGCUUUUUACAAGUCCAUGAUGAAAUUUUGAAUGGACAACAGUAUUGACAUUGGCCAAUAUGGGUUAUAUAACAUUAACAACCCACAUUUAAAUUAGUUCAAUCUUGUGGAAGCACUAAAUGGAAGAAGCUGACGACAGAUUUCUUUUACAUUUAGUUGUACAGCAGAUUGCUGAGAUCUCGGCAUUUAUAAAAUGAUAAUAUUCUGUCUUGCUGUCCUUUAUUUUAGUGUCGGACCAAGCUAAUAUCUUGUCCUGAAUAUUUUACCAAUACCAGGAGGUCGCUUGCUGCAACUUUCAAACUACCAAUUAUGUUUUUUAGAUGAAUUGGCUGGCAAAGUACUGAAAUAAUUCCUGUCAUUCAAAUAAUUUGCUAUGUGUGCAAUUGUUUUCUAUGAAUUAUAUUUGAUAUGUUUGUAUUCAGAUUGCUUGUUUGCAGGAAUUGUAAAAUCAUUUUAUUCAACAAGAUGAGAAAGUUUGCUUGAGAAAAGAAUUAACUGAUUGCUUUUUCUUGUCGUCACAGAGUGAUUUGGAUUUGUAAGGUCAGUAUUAUUUACACACAUUGUUCUGUUUCUUACGUUGCUUUUAAAAGGUACAGUAUGCUACCUGGACAGUAGAAUUUCGUUUAUUACUGUGUAGGCAGGUUUCUUUGUUUCCGUUUUGGCAGGAAGCAAGAUAAGCUGUAGACAGGACUUUUUACCUCAUUCAUUUCACAGGCACAAGUUAACCUGAGGGACGGUUCCUUUUCCAUUGAGCAAGUAAGCAAGGAAAGCUGUGGAUAGGACUUUUUGCUUCAUUGCACAGGCACAUGUUAACUUGACUAGAUUUUUCUGUGCUCCUGUGCAGCUGAGGGUUUCUUUAUGUAUCCAAUUUGCAAGCAAGCAGUGGAAGCUAAAAUGGAUAGAACUUUUUUACUUCAUUCAUUUUACAGGCAUA